AUGGCACACCAAGCACACGCUUUUCACAUAGUAGACCCCAGCCCAUGACCACUUACAGGAGCAACAGCUGCCUUUAUGCUAACAACUGGCCUGGCAAUAUGAUUUCACUACGGAUCAACUUGAAUCCUGCUCCUUGGACUCACACUCAUACUCUUAACCAUAUUCCAAUGAUGACGAGAUGUUGUUCGAGAGGGUACAUUCCAAGGACACCACACAACCCCAGUGCAAAAAGGCCUUCGUUACGGCAUAAUUCUAUUUAUUACCUCAGAAGUUUUCUUUUUUAUUGGAUUUUUUUGAGCAUUCUAUAACGCUAGCCUAGCCCCGACUUUUGAAGUUGGAGAAUGCUGACCCCCGGCCGGGAUUUCCCCACUAAACCCCUUCGAAGUGCCCCUCUUAAACACAGCAGUUCUUCUUGCCUCAGGGGUGACCGUCACCUGAGCCCACCAUAGCAUCAUGCAGGGCAACCGCAAAGAAGCAAUCCAAUCAUUAGCCCUAACCAUCGUUUUAGGCCUCUACUUCACAGCCCUGCAAGCCAUAGAAUACUAUGAAGCCCCCUUUACGAUUGCAGACGGGAUCUACGGCUCAACAUUUUUCGUAGCCACGGGGUUCCAUGGCCUCCAUGUAAUUAUUGGUUCUCUAUUUCUAUUAACCUGCCUCUUACGACAAAUUAAUUUUCACUUUACUGCUCAACAUCAUUUUGGAUUUGAAGCAGCCGCAUGAUAUUGACAUUUUGUCGAUGUAGUUUGACUCUUCUUAUAUGUCUCAAUUUACUGAUGAGGCUCUU